CAUCGCAUCUCAAACACUCACACACAAACACACCAAAAAGAUUGGGGAAAAAGUGUUCACUCCUCCCACUACUUUCUCUUUAUUCAAGAAAAUUGCAGUUGACCCUUUUUGAUUCAAAUAAAUCUUCCCUCUUUUCAUCAAUGGAAGAUCAUCGAUUUGACCCACUUCUAAUUACUGAUGUCCCCCAGCAACAGCAACAACAACAACAACACGAAAUCCGUUCUCACUCACCUAUUGUGAGCUUUCGCACUUCUGUAAUGGCUGAUUAUUAUGAUGAUCUGUGUUUUGACAAGCUUGAAGAAAUUUCUUUGCGAACUCCAGAAACAACCAAGCGUAUUGAUCUAAUUGGAAAUGAUAUUCAUGAUGAAAUUUCCUGGAGGAAUUCAAGCCCAGAAGCAAUUGGGACUGAAGCUGUUCUUGAUCAUGAGAAUGUGAAUACAGCACCUGUUGUGAGCUUUCACACUUCUGUAAUGGCUGAUUAUGAUGAUCUGUGUUUUGACAAGCUUGAAGAAAUUUCUUUGCGAACUCCAGAAGCAACCAAAGAUAACGAUUGUACUGAUCCAAUUGGAAACGAUGUUCUUGAUGAAAAUUCCUGGAGGAACUCAAGCCCAGAAGCAAUUGGAACCGAAGAUGUUCUUGAUCAUGAGAAUGACAAUACAGGUCAUUCCAAGCUAGGGUUUUCUUUAACUUCACCCGAUUUAGUUAUAAGCCCCAAAUCGCCUGAUACCCCUAAUGGAAAUUAUGAUUCUUCUCCCAUCUUAUUAAAACGAUCCUCCAUUGAGCUCUCUUUUGAAAAUGGUAUUACUGAUGGAUCCAAGAUCAAUGAUUUCAAUGACAAUCCAGCUGAUUCAAAGGAAGAUCUUGGUAGUUCAGAAGCUUCGUUUGAGCUUCUUCCAUUCGCAUCAUGUGAAGAAAAAGAUUACCAUAAAGGUGAAGACGAGCUUCAAGAAAAGUAUGAGAAUCAGAAGAACGAAUUGAUGAAAGCAAAGAAGGAAUUGGAGAUGAUGAAAAUGGAGAAUGAAUGCAAGAGUAAAGAAUGUGAAGAAGCUUUGAAGUCUUUAAGGGACCUUCAAAACGAGCUAAUGAGAAAAUCAAUGCAUGUUGGAUCACUUGCUUUUGCAGUUGAAGGUCAAGUGAAGGAGAAGAGUAAAUGGUUCUCAUCCUUAAGAGAUAUAUCAAGAAAAUUAAAGAUAAUGAAAAUGGAUCAAAUCAAGCUACUAGAAGAGGCACAGGCUUACAAAAAGUGUGCUGCUGACAUGAAUGACAUGAGUUGUAUCAUUCAAUCAAGAAUCGAUGAACAAGCUAAACAACAUGAAGAGCUAAAGAUCAAAUUCACCCAAGGAGCUAAAGAAAGGAAAGAUCUCUACAACAAGAUCCAAGAGUUGAAAGGGAAUAUAAGGGUAUUUUGUCGUUGUAGACCAUUAAACUCAGAAGAGAUUACACAAGGAGCUUCAAUGGCAUUUGAUUUUGAAGCUUCAAGAGAUGGUGAACUUAGAGUAAAAUCAAACAUAGCAUUUAAAAAAACCUUCAAAUUUGAUUCCGUCUUUACCCCCGAAGCUAACCAAGUUGAUGUUUUUGAGGACACAUCCUCGUUUGCAACAUCGGUUUUGGAUGGAUACAAUGUAUGCAUAUUCGCAUAUGGACAAACGGGAACAGGGAAAACUUUUACAAUGGAGGGCACAGAUGGAAACCGAGGAGUUAAUUUUAGAACUCUUGAAGAGUUGUUUCGUGUCAUUGAUGAACGCAAGAAUCAAAUCCGCUAUGAAAUAUGUGUAAGUGUUUUGGAAGUUUACAAUGAGCAAAUUCGCGAUUUAUUACUUCCAAGUUCACAACCGGGAGUCGCAGCAAAAAGGCUUGAAAUAAGACAAGUUGGUGAAGGGUUGCACCAUGUUCCCGGGUUAGUCGAGGCUCAAGUUAGCAACAUGGGUGAAGUUUGGGAAGUUCUUAAAACCGGGAGUAAUGCAAGGGCCGUUGGGUCCACCAAUUCUAAUGAGCAUAGUAGCCGAUCCCAUUGUAUACAUUGUGUGAUGGUUAAAGGGGAGAAUUUGGUGAAUGGGGAAAGCACAAGAAGCAAGCUAUGGCUUGUUGAUUUAGCAGGAAGUGAAAGGGUGGCUAAAACGGAGGUUCAAGGGGAAAGAUUGAAAGAAACUCAAAAUAUAAACCGAUCACUUUCUGCAUUAGGAGAUGUUAUAUCCGCUUUAGCAACUAAAAGCCCUCAUAUUCCCUUUAGAAACUCGAAGCUCACUCAUUUGCUUCAAGACUCGUUAGGUGGAGAUUCGAAGACGCUGAUGUUUGUGCAAAUUAGUCCCAAUGAGAACGAUUUGAGCGAAUCGCUUUGCUCCCUUAAUUUCGCAAGCAGAGUGAGAGGAAUCGAAUUGGGUCCCGCAAAGAAGCAAAUCGAAAGCUCGGAAGUUUUGAAAUACAAACAAAUGGCCGAGAGAUAUAAGCACGAGAUGAAGAACAAAGACCUGCAAAUCAAGAAAAUGGAGGAUAACUUCCAUGGUUUAGACAUGAAGUUGAAGGAGAAAGAGGUGAAAAACAAGUAUCUUCAAGAUAAGGUUAAAGAAUUGGAAUCGCAGCUUUUGGUAGAGAGAAAACUCGCACGACAACAUGUUGACACGAAGAUAGCCGAACAACAAAUGAAGCAGCAGCAACAACAGCUAGACGAUCAUCGACUUCCACUUGUUUCUAAACCAUUGAAUACUUAUAAAAACUCCGACGAAAGCAAAGAAAACCAACAGCCACUUAUCGACAAGAACAUGACCUACAAACUGCCGGCGCCACUUCCUCCGGCGAGAGACUUGGUCAAUCUCGACGUCGACGACUUCAUCGAAAAAGAAAACAACCCUUAUUUACCGGAACAGUUCACAGCUCCAAAACGAACAGGUAGAGCCUCAAUUUGCACGACGACUUCACAGCGAGUUCCGGUGAGAUCAGUACCACCACGGCGGAACUCUUUAAUCCCACUACCUUCCGCAGCACCAGUUUUCAGCAAGUACGUGCCGCAGCUGUAUCCAUUGCCGUCGAUUAAAUCCGGUAACGAGAACUUGGAUGAAACCGGUGAGUGUUGUAUGGAGGAGAGUCCGAAAAGAAGCAAUGGAAGUGGAAAGAAGCUGAUGAGUGCUUUAAGACGAAGCUUUAAGAAAAACCAGGUGAAGUCGCCGAUGAUGAUGCAACCACCACAACAGGUACGAAGAGUGGGUGGUUUGAAUAUAGCGGUGGAGAGGGUUAGAGUGUCGAUUGGUAGUCGAGGGCGUAUGGCUCAUAGAGGAGUUCUUGCGAAUGGGAGAAGAGUGAAGCAACAAAACUACAUGGAAAAGGAGAGACGAUGGAAUAUUGGGAAAGGAGUUUAAAGCUAACUACUUUUAGUAUCUAUUGGCUUGUUGACUUGUUUUUUAUUUUUUAUUUUUUAUUUUUUUUGCUUUGUUUUGUUUAAGGUUUCUUUAUGUGUGUCACG